AUGUUUACCAAGAAAAAUGAAUUUGAACCAUUAAAUGAGUUAAAAGUUAAAAAAUUGCCAUUGUUUGUAAAGAAACAACUGCAUCAUUUUAAAUCAGUGGAAAUUUCACUUGAAAAGAAUGAUAAUGAAGAUAAAGUUAACAAGGAAACUAAAAAUCAAUUAGAGUCAAAGAUAUACCAAACUAGAGAUAGAUUAAAUGAAGAACAAUUGGCCAAGAUUGGGAAAUUUUUAGAUGAGAUUGAGGAUUGGCUUUUGUAUGGAGAUGGAGAAGAUGCACCAACUGCUGAAUAUCGGACCCAAAUACAAGCGAUGGAUGAGGCUUUAACGAGAUUAUAG